AUGUCCCUCGCAAGCAUGAUUGCGAAGGACAUUGAGCGGUACCGCUCCUCUGAGAGCAAAGCCUUCUCACAUGGCAAUGUGCUCGACUUUCUCUCGCCCUGGAAGAUGAUCAAGUUUAUCUCGGCAAUUGUCUAUGCCAUGUGUCAGCGCAUCAUUACGUUGAUGUACAAGCCGCAUGUUCCCAAGAGACAUGCGACAGUCAGAUCUCGUGGGCGUGUUGCAGUGAUUGGCGCUGGGAUGUCCGGGAUAUCCGCUGCCGCACACGCAUUCUCACACGGAUUCGAUGUAAUAAUUUACGAAGGCGAGUACCUUCCUACACCUACGCAGCUCUCUCGUGUCUGGAGGGAGUACAAGCUCGAGUCGCGAACGCGGUUUGGUGUUCGAGUGACCUCAGUCGAACGUGUCUCGUCGCCAGAAGCCAAAGACGACUAUAACCCGUCGCGUCACGGUCACGCACAGUGGAAGAUUAACGACGGUUCAGAUGGCAACUUUGAUGCAGUCAUCGUCGCUGUUGGCACUUGUGGUGAUGCCAAAUGGAUUCGGUUCCCUGGCAUGCCGAAGGAGUCGCACCAGACUUCAUCCGAUUCAAGCAGCUCAUCUAGUAGCGAUCACAGGGGAGAGGGCCAGGAUCAACCACAUGAAGGCUACCAACACCAUGAGGCAAGAGAGGAACGAAAGGUCGAGGGUGGAGAGGAUUCAUUCCGUGGUCCAAUCUUCCAUUCGUCCCAGUUUGAUUCAGCUCAGAUUGAUGAUGUACUUGGCAGGACAGUCGUGGUGAUUGGUAGCGGCGCAAGUGCCGUUGAAGCCGUUGAAACGGCGCUUGCGGGUGGUGCCGCCAAGUGCAUCAUGCUCGCUAGAGAAGACAAGUGGAUUAUUCCCCGCAAUCUAUUUCUCGAUGUUUUGAUGGCCAUGCAGCCAUUUGGACGUGAGAUGCCGAUGGGUUUCGUGUGGGAAGAGUUCCUCAAACGGUGGCACUACCGUGGUGUCGAACAUUUGGUGCCUCCUUUCCAUGGGCCUUUCGAAAGUACUCCUGUCGUGAACGACAAGUUUCUUCCAUACGUUCGCAUGGGCAAAUGUGAAUACGUCCGCGGCGACAUUGAGCGCCUGACAUCCAAAGGCGUACUCGUCAACGUUCGUCAACGCGUGUCCAAGGCAGGAGAUAGAGGCCAGCGUAUGGAGAUUCCUGCCGAUGUUAUCGUUCUAGCUACAGGCUACAAGCCCACUUCGGUGGACUUCUUGCCCAAGGACCUUUUCCCGGAAGGAUACGAGCUGUUCCUCCAAAACUUUUCGAUGGAGGAUUGGUCAAUCAUGUUGCUCAAUUCGGCACACGUCGAUGGGAUUGGGACUGUUGGGCAUGUUCAUAUUGGAAUUUACACCCGCAUCCUCUUGAUGCUCAUGAUGGACUUUAAGACUCGGCCGUCAACACAGGAUAUGAAGGUAUGGGUACACGAUGUUCACUAUCUCAAGCAUGGCGCUACGGGAGGGGUGCUUCGGCUCUUCACGUAUAUAGAAUUGACUCUCUGGCUCGGUUUGUAUUACGCUUUGCGACCAGAUCGGUGGAAAUGGCUACCGUUCAUCCUCUUUGGAUGGGGUGUGCAUCCACAAUAUGCGUAG